AGGUUUCUAGCCAAGGGCGGCAAUAAUGAGAAAUUUGAAAUUUGCGGGCUAGCGAGCUAGCUGCUAGCAUACGCCACGGAUGUAAGUUAAUCUGUUUUCUUCCCCUCCCCAACACCAUGGCGUCAUAUCACCAUGUAUUACAACACACGAGACCGCGGUUUGAAUCUCCUGCCAAGGUGUUUGCUAAGCUAAAAUCUAAAGUGCAGAGGGAAGGGAUGUGCGCGAAGGACGGGACUUUAACAGGCAAGGCUCCGCUGUGUAACGUUAGAGAGAAACAUGGGGCAGGUUUUAGGUCGCCCAGGAAGAGAGCAGAGAGCACCUGGAUGACCGACGAUCUCAAGGAGAAUCAGAGGUUUGGUUCGUAUCGCAAUGAAGCGCAGGCCUUGACCCUGUCGCCUAUAUCGAGUCCUCAGAAAACAGGGUGCUCGUAUUCAGACCUCAGCAGCAGGCUCGUGGAGGAAAUGCCUCCUGUGACUGACAUAGGACAUGGAUGUACACAAAGACAGAGAGCCUUCCUGGAGUCAACAGUUGACUCUCGUCCCUUCAGGAAGCAGAUCCUCACAGAACCACCUCAGAUCAGAGACUUGAAUGGUUUUAAGGUGACCAGCAGGACUCCAGUAAAGAUACAGCCUGUAGAAAAUGACUAUGUAAGGAGUGUGUUUGAGGAGGAAUGUGCUCCUCUCGAAGAACUGACUUCUCCAACCUAUAUAUUUUCCCCCAUGAGGAAGAGGUUGAGGAAGAGGAAAUGGGAGCUGCAUGAGUUGAACAAAGUCAGCAGCAGUACAAAGGAGAUUAGCAAUGAAAUCAUAAGCCAGCCACGAGAAAGGAAAACCUCCAGUGCAUCAAGCAAGGAUGACACCCAGAAGAACACUCCCAUGGAUCUUGGAGGAUCCUCUGCUGACCGAUCAGAGAUGAACCAGUUCACUCAGGAAGCCAUGUUCCCACCACCAAGACCCACCGCAACGAAACGUUGUUAUGUUACUAUGGAAAAAAUUCUUCCAAUGUCUCCAGCCAAGAUGUUUGCUUACAUGAAGGAGAGGGAAAGUAAAGUGGAGCAGCUGGAGGUUCAAAAAGUCUGCAGCAGCACGAGGGAUCUCUUUGAUGGCGGUAAUUUCCAUCAGUCCAGAGACUCGCCUCCCUCCACAGCUCACAGUAUGCGUGAGAUGGAGGACAGUGCCUUUGCAAGUGCUCCAGAAAGUGUGGCGCCUGUCACCCGGCCCACAGAAGAGUCAGCUGACAGCCAGUCAGACACAGAUCCCUCUGAGGAUGCCCUGAUCCCUGCUGAGCCAUCACAAGCUGUUUUGCUUGAAGACCCUCUCGUACUCAACACGCCACGAAUCUCCAUACCGAAGAAACAAGAGGCUGUGUUCAAGCGCAACAAAUGGCCGAACUGCGCAAAAUUCCCAAGUGAGAGUGUGAUUUAUCUCAAAAAGUGGUUCCUGAGGAAGAAUCAUAAGGGCCUCUUUGUUGAUGGAAUCCACAGGGAGAACAACAUACCAUGGAACAGUAACAUCAUCACUGAGAGGGUUUCUAAUUGUGUGGUAAAGACUAUCUCUGGGAGGGUUUACGUCUUGGUUGGCAAGAUGAACUUUGACGUUCACUCCGUGUUUCCAAAGUGGCUUUUGAAGAAGUUUGUUAAUGGCUUUCCUCCAAACUGGAAGGCACUUUAUGAGAAGUUCCUGUCAGAGUCAAGAGACAGAGAAACAGAGGGGAGCAGUAAGGGGAGAAGCAUCAUAGCAAAGACAAAAUCUGGCGCAUCGUCCAUCAAUGGAUCUGUGAAGCGGUGCAGGCAAAAGCCUAUGAAGACACCUGCUUCCUGCCCUCCUGCCUCCUCUUCUUGUACAAAAGUGUCUCGAAGUGGUCGCGUGAUCAAGGCGCCUCUGGAGUACUGGAAAGGAGGGAGAGUCAUCCUUGAUGCACACAUGAAUGUUACCAUCCAUGAAUGUUAUGACACCUCCAUCUGCCAGCCUGAGGUCGCCACAAGAGUGUCUGCGGGCGCGUCACAGAAACCUGCCCGCGUUUUCCUGCCCUGCAGUGAAAGCCAUAAGCAGUGUGAAUCGGCGAGUGACGAAGAGGCACCAGUACCACUGAGGAGAGUCAAGGCGCCUAUCCGCACACGCAACAGAGCCAAGGUUAACCAUGAAAAGAAGCCCUCUUGUUCACCUGAACCACCCGUGGAGACAUUUAGCAGCCCUGACGAGUGGUCUGGCAGAAGGACAAGGUCCAGCCAAAGGUGUCCAGCUACAGAGAGAACACAGCAUGUGGACAUUGUCCCUCAAAAGCAAAGAGAACCUGAGAAGUCUUCAACACGGAGGUCAAAAAAACAGACGCAUGACACCACAAGGCCUUCAGUGAGAGCCUCGGGGAGCAAGCGGGCUGUCGCAGCAUCCACAGAAUCUUCCACUGUUAAUGAUAAAACAUCACCCCAUCAGUCGUCAGAUGAUGAGUUCUGUGUUAGGAGAAAGAAGAGCGGGAAAGAAGUGCACAGGAAGACGGGCGUGAAGGUUCUCAACAAGUCGCAGGCGAGCGACAUGUUUUUGUCGUCAUCCAAGUCGUCUGAGGAGAGCGGGGAGGAACUGAAGAAGAGAACCAGAGCUAGAGUGACCAGAAAUAGCGAUGCUAUACAAACACAAACCAAGCAUAAACGGAGCAAAUGCACCAAGACAUCCCCACCCACAAACCCUUUGCCUAAGUCAACACAAUCCAGCAAGAAACACAAGGCAAGCACAGGCAACACACAGCAUCAAGAUGAAGAAGAGUGGACCGAAGCAGAGCUCAUGAAGCUACAAGAGGCAGUGUGCUACUAUCCAAAGCACAGGGCAGGCUACUGGGCAAAGGUGGCGAGGAGGGUGGGAACACGUUCUGCAGAAGAGUGCCACAAGCAGCACACAUCCUGGGGAACCUCCCAGACUCCUGCCAAGAGAGCCAAGAAUCCCAAAAAGGAAAAAAUGGAAGCACCAAAAGAUCCAGUUACAGAUCAUCCUGUGAUAUCUGCCCGGGUGGGAACCUUAAAGAGAAAGCAGCAGGUGCGUCAGUUCCUGGAGGCCAUGCCCAGAGAAGAUGUUGAUGACGUUUUCAGCACUGCGUACAUGCAGAAUAAACGGUUUGAGAUGCCCUCCAUGUGUCCGAGUGAUGACCAUGACUCCACAUUGUCAGACCUGGAGCCCCUGACCCCCAUGUCAACAGGCUUCCCCGAAGUAAAGACACCUCAGUGUCUGCAUAUCACUCCUGGCAUGAUGGGCUCCCCAAACAGUAACAACAACGACAAGUACGUCUAUCAACUCCAGAAGAGGAUGAAAAAAAGUCAGUUUAAUGUCUACAAACAGGCUCCUCCUGUAAAGAGCUUCACACCCACGCCAUCAGUUAAACGAACGAUGAGAAGAUGUGGUAACACGGAAAAUGAUACCUUUGUUGUUUGGGAGAUGUUCCCGGGAAACAAUGGAGCGCUGUCUGAAAGCGACGAGGAGGAAGAUUUUUACUUCUCAGAGAACGAGUGAUUGGAGUUGAAACAUUAUAUCAUUUUUUUAUUAUUAUUAUUCUAAAAUGACUCACAUAAAUUAAAAUCAAUGGAACAGAGGAGAGAUGUGAUAUUUGCCUUGUGUUAACUCCUCAAAUGUGAACAAUAGAAUAGUUGAAAAGGAGUUGAACUCAUCAGUGUGAAACAAACUGAGGAUAUGAUUUAAAUAGGAUAUAAAUUGAAGCUUUUAAACUUAAACCACAGUGGAAUGUGUACAUGCAAUUGUGUUUUAAGACAGUGUGGCGUUUUGUAAAGUUAAGUUUAAUAGUUAGAAAUAGUUUUACUAUUUUAAUAUGCUGUCAAAAACAGACUUGUGCUGCCGUCUUCCAGUAUGUCCCUGUAACAAUGGUUUUUGUUUAAAGUUUUAGUCCCAAGAGUCAGUUGUAACCAUCCUAUUAAUAAACAUUCUUUAAUUCUUA